AUGCAUUUCGUGGAAAGGGUGAGAACGAGAAACGAAGCCAAAGGUUGCAGGACUGUAUAUUAAAUGCACAGCUACAGCUGUGAAUUUCCAAAGCUUUGCUGGUGAAUCCUGCCUUUAGCACGUCUGCGCUUCUGAAAAAGUAAAGCUCUGCACACUUGGGAGUCAGCCGAACUGAACUCGCGAAGACAUAUUUCAGUGUAAACCUGCAGAGGAUGAAGCUAUAAACAGGUUCUGGCUUCAGAGAGGGUUAGUUCAAAGCUCUGAUAUACCCUUUCUAUUUGUCAUGAGAAAAUUGGGAGGGAUUCAGAAUGGUGUGGAAAAUGAGGCCUAGAAUUGAUUUUCUGCUGUUACAUCCUCUGUUUGAUGAAGUUUCCAUAGGGAUAUUCCCCAUUUUAAAUAGAUGCCCCUUAUAGCGACAUUUCAAAUUGUGGUGGUUAUGCAAGGCUUAGCCAAGUACAGUUACGGCUUGCACUUUGUUACAUUCAGAGUUUAAUUUUGAAAAAAGCUGGGCACUAUCCAGCCAAGUUCAGGCACUUAGGGCUACUGUCCUGUAGACGCUCUGUUCAUUUGGAUAUGCUUCUGUAGACAUGCAUAGAAUUGGACUGGACAUCGUACAAGUGGGAGAGUUAAGCAGUUGAUCACGUUUCUGCUACAGAAAUGAACAGGAAAAUAUACACUUUACAAUGACUGCAAUGUGUGUGUUUAAUUUAAGGAGCAUUUGCUAUUAUAAUUUUCCAUUUCAUAUCAUUCAUAGUAGUUAGAGCAAUGUUACCAAUUCAGGAUAACUAGACAACUUACUUUUUUAAAUUAAAAAAGCUCAUUUAUUUAUAGCAAAGUAACUGAGGACAGAAGUACAUGCUAACCUUUUAAACAUAGGAAUGGAAGGAAUGGGCAGGAUAGGGCUGCUUAACCCUUCCCCCAACUAUAAAUCCUCCCUGCAACUCUUCCUCCUUCAGUUUAUGUGUGAUGUCAAAGCUGACUGGGAGAAAUUUUUUUGGGGAGGGGGUUGCAAUGGAGCAUUAGGUUACAGAAGAAAAGGUGAAACACCCUCUCUGAUUCUCCCUUCUCCUGUAUUAGUGUUAUAAGGUAAGCAGGAACCCCAUUUCUGUUUUGCAAUAUGUAGUUUCUGUUUAAGUUUCAUAAAGCUAUUUUGUAUUCCCAUAUGCCACCCUCUAUUUCUCAUGAAGGAAUUCGCUGGUGGAUGUAAUAAUUACUAAAAUGUUUGUGUGCCAACAAUGCAAAAUGGAGUGUAGAACUUUGUUUCCCAAGUAUGUCUUUAUGAGAUAACUAGUAAAGUUGCUUGUAAGAAGAGAUGGAAGGCUCUCUAGGUAGAGAAUGCAAAGGCAUAGGCGCAAAAGUACAAAGCCUCCUGCUUACUUUCUUACAAACGUGGAGCUGGUCAGUAGCAAAAGUGAUACAUGGCUUUGUUCUUUAGUGUCUGGAAACACACAGCAAUACAUGUGAUAUAAACAGAAAUCAGCAAAGUGUAAGAUGGACAGAAUUGUGGGCCAGAGCCCACUUUGUCUGCAGAAGUUAAUCUGCCAUAAUACAGUACUCUUCGUGGUUUUUGCUGCAAAAGACUCAGCUAAGAAACCAGUUUUUCUUCAUUGUUUCUCCAAGGACUGGAUAAGCCAGGAUGCUACCAAGUAGCCAGCCCCACAGAUUGAGGCCUUUUCAUAUCUCUUGACUAUGGGAAGAUAAUGUCUUCUCAUACAACAGGAGAAAAGUGGCUAUAUUUUCUAUGUCAUAGCAAAUAUUCUAUCUUGUGUGUGACAUACCCUACAGCAGCCAGUGUUGUAUAGGUUUAAAGUGUGCACUGGGGCUGACGUCAUAAUACAUAACAUUUGCAUAGCACUCUUCGAAUGUUCAACACACCUUGUUUCAUUAUCUCAGUAAAGUGUCAUGCGUGGUUAAGGGGGAUGGUGGCUGACAAGUGUGCAGACUUCAAAAUGUGGUUUUAUCACAGUGUCCUUGAAUUCAAUUUUUUUUUCUCAUUUCGAAUUUGCAUUUCCUUCAGCAUGUAAUCAUAAAGUAAUAUUAGUGAGGGUUGUAUCCAAAAAAGCCCUACUCAGAAUAGACCCAUUAAAAGUGAAAAACCUGCAUUAGUCAUGUCUGUUAACUUGAAUUGGUCUACUCUGAGUAGGACUAGCAUUGGAUACCACCCUUAGAUACUUUGUUAGUCUAUGUGGUGUGCAAACAGCUCUGCAGUCCACAUCCUUCUGAUUUAGCACCUCUUCAGUGUUUUAGUCAUCACAAUACAGUCCUAAUUUAAAGUGGAAUUGUGAUCCAGUGAAAUGAAAGAAACAAUGGACCUACUUAUGAAUGCUUAUUAGUUGCAAACUUGAUUGUGGAUUAAUUCCACUCAAGUUCUCUAUAGACUUCAGUUACUAGCAUUAACAAAAUACUCAACAGCUGGUAUGAGAAAAUAUUUUUGCAAUUAUCUUUUAUCUGGGACUUGUUUCAGUGGCACCCUGCUCCCUUGACCACAUACUUUGAAUCCACAAAAAUAUUGUAGGCAAUUGAAUGUCGUGUCUCUUAUUUUUAUUUGUGUAGUGCAACAGACUUCAGAGUUGCACACAGAUGUCUAGGCACAUGGGACAUGCAUCUUUCUUUGUAAUGUGUGCCCAACAGUUGACUUACUAAUGAUUUGAGCAAGCUUGUCUCCAGGAGUUUUUGGAUGAGUUCAGUUUUGUACGUUUUUCAUUGAUUACACACAGUUUUCAAACCUGUAUGUUUUGUGUGUAUGUGUGGCAGGAUCAGGAAGGGUAGUUGAAAUUCCAAAGCACUAAUAGUAUCAGUUACACUACAAACACCAUUCCACAAAUACAUGUCUACAUUAUUUUGGUCUUUUUCAAAGUUUUAUUAUAUUUUUCUGAAUAGUCUUCUGUAGGUUUGUGGUCUUCUGUAGAAGAGUUAUUGCAAUAGUACAAAUCAAACACAUACCCCUUUUCGUUCAUUCUUGCAAACACUAUCAAAGCUGCUGUCAACCCAUUAUGAUAAUUAACUACUGAAUUUAGAAUGAAUUGAUUUUAGAAUGCUGUAUUACUUUACUGUUGUUAGCUGCUCUGAGCCCGGCUUCAGCUGGGGAGGGCAGGAUAUAAAUAAAAUUUUAUUUAUUAUUAUUUUAUUUAUUUUGCCUAUUAUUUUAUUUUAUUUAUUUUGCCUAUAAUAUUGUUGUUUAUCUGCAUACUACUUUUUGACUCAAAGUGACCCAAAACAGUAAAUGGCUUUUUAAAAAAAGUUUAGUCUGCUUAGACUAGUGGUGUCCAAACUUUUUUCAAAGAGGGCCAGAUUUGAUGAAGUGAAGGGCUGUGAGGAUUGACCAAAGGGCCAACCAAAGUUGUUGAGGUUUUUUUUUAAGGAUUUUACCCCAGGAAAUAAACUGCCACAGGGGCUGGAUUAAACCGACUGGUGGGCUGGAUUAGGCCCCCGAAACGGACUUUGGACAUGCCUGGCUUAGACAUAACCUGUACUGAACACAGUGGGAUUUGCUUCUGAGUAAAGAUACACAGGAUUAUACUGUUAAUCUAGUUUGUUUUUUCACUUUGGAAGCUGUGUACACCCUCUGAAGCACACAGCUGUGUAUAUUUAAAAAGGGAGUGGAGGUAUAGAGCGGCACAGCUAUUAUUUCCAUUGUGUUUGUCCUGUCUAUUAUGUGCAGAGAAGUUAUCAUGCCAUUAUUAUUAUUAUUAAGCACCACACAAGGCUGAAAUGUAAUUGGGGCAUGCUUUGACUUAUGUAAGAAGGCCCCAAUGUAGUGUGAAUUGACAGAGCUGUCAAUGUGCAUAGGUUAUUCUCAGGCUUCCUUAUACCUGAAUUCUUUGGUGGCUUGUUCUGAUCUCUUAACUAGGCCUGUCUUUGACAAUGUCAAUUCACUUUCUGUCUCAUUUUAUUCCCAUGCAGUUUCUUUCUCUUUUUAUUGUUGAUCUCUACGUAUUCAUGAUGUAUUUGUUUUGUGCAAACAGAGAAUGUGGGUAGCUAAAGGGUGUGUUACAAACUAGUCAGGUGACAGAUGCAUUUUGCGACAGGCAAGGGUCCAAUUGCAACCACAUGGAGAUCUCUGAAUGCCAAGUUGGUGAUUGGGGAAAGCAAAAUGUCACUUAGACAAGGAUCUGAAAUACUUUCCUUGAAGCUUGAAUUUGUUUUUUUCUGGAUUGUUUUAUUUGAUUUUUUUUUAAUAAGUUUUUAUUGUUAAAAUAGUUCAUCAAUAAUACACAUAUACAAGCAUACAAACAUACAUUUCAUACAAUCCUUAAAAGUGUUCAAACAUACUUACACUCAAUCCCACAAAUAAUUCCUUUCCCCAUCACCAUCCACCACCCCUCACCCCACCUUUGUGUUUGACUUCCAAUCUACUCAAUACAAUUUCUUUCCACUUUUAUUACUUUCUUUCACACACCUUUAGCCUAAUUUCAUACUUCUUUUUCUAUUACACAUUGUUAUCCAUCUUAUUUGAUAUUUCAGUAUUUGAAACGGAACUUGUUUAUUCUAAUAGGAGUUCUGAUUUUUCGAUAUGAUUUUGCAAGUAUCUUUUAAACACCUUCCAGUCCCUAUCUAUCUUUUCUUUUGAAAUCCUUCCAAUUUCUUCCAUUGUUUUGGAUAUAUUGUAAUACUCCAAUAAUUUGGCAAGCCACUCUGUUUUUGUCGGUAUUAUACCACUUUUCCAGUUUUUCGCAAUCAAUAGCCUUGCUGCUACUGUUGCGUAUAAAUAUAAGGUCUUAUCUUCUUCCUUUAGGCUUCCUGGUACUAUUCCCAAUAGAAAACCUUCUGGUGUUUUCCUAAAUGAGUAUCUAAACAUUUUUUUCAUUUCAUUAUAUAUUAUUUCCCAAAAUUGUUUGAUGUUUAAACAAUUCCACCAUAUAUGUAUCAUAGUACCUUUUCCCGUGUUGCAUCGCCAGCAGACAUCGCUACAAUUUUUAUUCAUUUUUGCUAUUCUUUCAGGUGUUAAAUACCAUUUAUGUUGCAUUUUAAGGUAAUUUUCUUUAAGUAUAUAACACAUAGUGAAUUUCAUAUCAUCUUUCCACAAUUUUCCCCAUUGUUCAAACAUAAUAUUUUUCCCAAUAUCUUGCGCCCAUUUAAUCAUUGAUGCUUUAACCAAUUCAUCCUUUGUUUCCCACUCUAAAAUCAGAUUAUACAAUUUAGAUAUAUUUUUUGAUUUUUCUUGUAUUAAGUAUUUAUCGAAUUUUGAUAUUUCUUUUUCAAAUCCUAACUUUUUGUCUUUCGCUAAUCUAUACUUACUUUGAAUAUAUUGGAACCAAUCACUAAUAUGAGCUUUAAUUUCUGCGUAAUCCUUUAAUUCCAAUUCUCCGUUUUCUUCCUUUAAUACAGUUUUAUAGGCAGCCCAAUUUUCUUUCAUAUUUAAUUUUUUCACUGCUACAAUUUCUGCUGGCGAUGCCCACCAGGGAGUUUUCGGUUCUAGGAGUCUUUUAUAUUUCUCCCAUAUUUUAUAUAUAGAUUUUCUGAUUAUAUGCCCUAGGAAGCCUUUAUGUACUCUCACUUUUUCAUCUAUUAGAUAGGCAUGCCAUCCAAAUCUCGUCUCUACUCCCUGUAAAUCCAAUACAUCCGAGUCAUCUAAUUUGAUCCAUUCCUUUAGCCAGGUCAGACCCACCGCAUCGUGAUAUAACUCCAUAUCUGGGAGACCAAAUCCUCCUCUCUCCUUCUUAUCUAUCAUUAUUUUGUGGUUUAUUCUUGGCUUUUUCCCUGACCAUACGAAUUUAGCUAAAUCUCUUUUCCAGUUAUUAAAACAUUUAUCUCCUCCUAGUAUUGGGAUACUUUGAAAUAAAAACAUCAUCCUUGGUAAUAUGUUCAUCUUUAUUACCAAUAUUUUCCCUAGUAAGGAAAGAUUUAAUUUCCCCCAUACUUGCAAGUCAUUUUUUUAUUUCAUUCCAUGUUUUCCCAUAGUUCUCAUUACUUAAAUCUAUAGUGUUUGUUGUUAAAUUUAUUCCAAGAUACCUUAUUUUCUUUUUAAUUUCCAAUCCUGUAAUUUCUUGUAAUUUCACUUUAUCUUUUUCUUCCAUAUUUUUCACUAGUAUUUUGGUUUUCCCAUAGUUUAAUUUGAAUCCUGCUAAUCUGCCAUAUUCGUUUAUGCAUUCCAAUAUUCUAGGUGUACAUUGUAGGGGAUUUUCUGUUGUGAUCAUAACAUCAUCUGCAAAGGCUCUUAACUUGCACUCUUUUUUCACCAACUGCUAUUCCUCUUAUUUGGUUGUCCUGCCUUAUUUUCUUUAAUAGAACCUCUAAUACUAUUAUAAAUAACAUUGGGGAUAGGGGGCAUCCUUGUCUUGUACCUUUAAAGAUGUUGAUUUCUUCUCCAAACUCUCCAUUAAUAAUAAUUUUUGCUUUCUGUUGGUUAUAUAUUGCAUUUAUACCUUUUUGGAAUUUUUCACCUAGACACAAUUCUUUUAAUAGUUUUUUUCAUAAAUUCCCAUGAGAUUUUGUCGAAAGCCUUCUCCGCAUCGAUUGAAAUCAGGGCUGCUUGUUUGUCUCUUCUUACCUGUAGAUAUUCCAUUAUGUCUAUUAUAUUUCUGAUAUUAUCCUUUAUUUGUCUACCUUCCACAAAUCCAGCCUGAUUUUUAUGUACUAUUUUUCCUAUAAUUUUUUUCAACCUGUUAGCCAAUAAUCCUGCAUAAAUUUUAUAAUCGGAAUUUAACAAUGAAAUGGGUCUAUAAUUUGAGACAGAUUCCAAAUCCGUACCUUGUUUUGGCAGGAGCGUUAUAUACCCUUGAGUCCAAGAGUCUGGAAUAUUCCCUUCUCUACUGCUUCCUCUAUUACUUCUUUUAGUGGGUCGAUUAAUUCAUUUAACAUUUCUUUGUAGUAUUCUGCUGGUAUGCCAUCUGGACCUGGGGAUUUCCCUAUUUUUAAUUUUUGAAUUGAUUCCUUAAUUUCUACGGUUGAUAUUGGUUCAUUUAAUAAUUUAUGGUCUUCUUCUGCUAUCUCUAUUAAUUUAUUUUUCUUUAUAUAUUCCUCUACUUCUUCUAUUGGCACUUCAUCUUUUUGAUAUAAUUUUUGUAAUAUUUUUCAAAUUCUUUGUUAAUUUCUGUCAUAUAGCUUAUUUUCCUCUCUUCUACUUUUAUUUUAUUUAUUAAUUUUUCAUUUCUUUGUUUCUUUAGUUGCCAGGCAAGGAUCUUGCCUGGCUUAUUUGCCCAUUCAAAAUUUUUAUAUUUCCAAAAUUUGAUUUGUUGUUCUACCUCCUGUUCUAUAAUUUUAUUGUAUUCUACUCUCAGUAAUUUAAUUUCUUUAUUUAAUCUCUCUUUAUUUUGGCUUGCAUAGGCCAAUUUUUCCUUCCUUUUAAUUUCUUCUAAAAGCUCCCUUUUCUUUUUUUCUUUAUUCUUAUAUGCUAUUGAGUUUUGUUGUAUGAAAUAUCCCCUAACAACCGCCUUCCCAGCAUCCCACACUGUUUUAACAUCUGUCCCUUUCCUCCAAUUGUUUUCAAAAUAUUCCUUCAUCAACUUUCUGGCUCCUUGUAUUACUUUUUCGUUUUUUUAAUAAGAAAACAUUCAUUCUCCACCUUUUUUCCCCUUUCUCCUCUUUUCCUUUAAGAGUUAAUGAUACUGGAUUGUGAUCUGUAAGUGUUUUUGGCAAUAUUUCGGCAUUCUCUGCUUCAAUUGUCAUAUCCUUAGUAAUCCAUAUACUGUCGAUUCGACUAUACGAAUUUUUUGGUUCUGAGAAAUAUGUGAACUCCUUUUCGACAGGAUGUUUAUAUCUCCAUAUAUCCACUAAAUCAAAAAUCUUUACCAUUUCCAUAAAGCUUUUGGCAACUUCCGUUCAUUUCCCCCCCCUUCUUCUGCGAUCUAUACAAUUCUGGUUCCAUUACUCCAUUUAAAUCCCCUAACACAAUAAUUCUCAUAUCUAUAUAUUCCAUUAAUAAUGAUCUUACUUUAACAUAGAAUUCUGAUUUUCUUUUAUUUGAUCCAUAGAUUCCCUCUACUACAAUUGGUUCCCCCUCUAGUGAUAUUUUGACUAUUACAAUCCUCCCCUCUUUGUCUUCAUAUAACAAUUCUGGUUCAUAUUUGCUUUUAACAUACAUUACAACCCCCCUCUUUUUGCUUACAUCAGAUGCGAUGAAUUCUUCCCCUAACUUUGGUUUUACCAAUAGUCUUUUAUGCUUAGUAUUGAUGUGGGUUUCUUGUAAACAAGCAAGGUCCCACUUCUGCCUCUCUAAGAGACGUUCUAUUUUCUGCCUCUUCCUCCUAUUAUUUAAACCAUUUACGUUCCAUGAUAACAAUUUAAAUUUCAUUCUUUAUUAGUUAAAAAAUUAUAAAGUUAAUGGAAAGAGUUUAAGUUAUCUGCAGUGGUAAAGGAGAAGGAUUUUAUUUGAUUUUUAACCACUUUGAGAUUCAUUCUUUAAAAUGUAAAGCAUUAUAGAAAUGAACAACAAUAAUAAUAGUAAAUUCCAUCAGAAAAAAGGCGCCUAGACAUUCCAUUGUCGCAACCAUAACCUAGGGUUAAGGUGCCAUUUGGUGAUUAGCUGGGCAAUAUCAGCUUUUCAACAUUGCGGUGUAUCACCAGCUAAACAUCGUGAUCUAGCAGUAUACUGCAGUGCUGAAAAAACAAGCUACAUUAGCCUCAGCCCUCGAGGUGCCGGUUAAACUGCAGGAGCUGAGGCGGUUUCACCCCAGCGCCUCAUGGGCUGGGACAACGCAGCUUGUUUGCGUGGCUUAGCUGGGGUGCAGAAGGGCUCCCAAUCCCCAGCAGAGCCAGCCCCAGUGCACCCCUUGCUGGUGGGCAAGUGGGAGGAGCGUUGGGGCUCCUUUCCAUGGCUCAACUGGGUGGGGGAGCAGUUUAAAGAAGCUGAGGGAGGACUAAGAUGCAUCAGCCCAGCGAUACGGCUUGCUCCUCUCUCUAAGGUAUGAGGGGCAAAGUGAUAGCAGUUUCACCUGGCAAUAUAUCACAGGUGAAACUACCGUUGCUGCCAAGUCCCUCUGCUACCAGCAGUCGGAUGUUGAAAGCGGUGCUGGUAGCAGAGGGACUUGGGAGCGGUAGUGGUUUUACCAGUGAUAUACCACUAGCUGAAGCUGUAUUGAUACGUUGCCCAGGCCUAUAGUUUAUAUAUCUGAGUUUCUAACACUGGCUAAAGGCCCAGAAAUGGAGGCACCCGGUAGAAUUUAUCUUGACCCCAGAUCUACAGUCUGUUUCUGAGUACAGUGGUACCUCGGGUUAAGUACUUAAUUCGUUCCGGAGGUCCGUACUUAACCUGAAACUGUUCUUAACCUGAAGCACCACUUUAGCUAAUGGGGCCUCCUGCUGCUGCCACGCUGCCGGAGCACGAUUUCUGUUCUCAUCCUGAAGCAAAGUUCUUAACCUGAAGCACUAUUUCUGGGUUAGCGGAGUCUGUAACCUGAAGCGUAUGUAACCCGAGGUACCACUGUAUUAUUGAUGAGGUAACUGUCAGGUUGAAGGGCUCCCUUCAUCCCUUUUGAAACCUCAAGCAUUUGCAUCCCUUCUCAUUUGGAUCUUACCCUGUAUCUGGAUGAAUGCAUGAGAAUCUUUCCACUGGCUUCUGCAGGAGCUAGAUUGGUUCCUUGGAUUUGUCUGCCAUUAAGUAAAUAUAGGUCCUAGACUUCAGGAAUUCUCAUUUAUCCUUUUCUUGCACUCAAUUGUAGACACCUUAUUUAUUACAUGGGGACAAAGGUGUUUUUAAUAAAACAGCUGAGUCAGUUUCCUUUGUGAAUUUUUAACAGAAACAUGAUAAAGAUUGCCAAACACAGGUGAGCAAAGACGUACUGAUUUUUUCCUCUUCCUGCUGAAAGAUAGCUUCCCCCACCUUUCAGGACAUCAGUGUGUUACAAUAAAUGACUAAUAUAGAUGUGACUCAGCACUUGACAACCAGGCUAGUAAAUAUUUCUUUGUGUGUGCAUAUCUGCAAAGCUGAUAAUACUUACACAACACCGUUCACCUAAUAACCUCUCUUGAGAUUGGUGGCAAUAAUUAACCUCCUCUAAAGAAACAGUUUAUUGAAAGUGUCCAAUUUUAUGAUGCUUGUUGGAAGUGCAACAGCAGGGACCAUUCAGUUUUAACUUAAGGUUUAAUUAUGUCAGUGUUGAAGUCACCUAACCAAGAUGGGAACGGGUAGUGUUGCUUAGCAACCAGGCAGAGUGGCAUGAUGCUCACUGAGAUAGUACAUGCCCUGAUUGGCUGUGUAGUUCUGAAGGAGUUUUCCUCUGUAUGUUAGCUAAAUGUCAUCUGCUAUAAGCAAGGCCUGAAGAAAGACAAAACCUCUUGAUUUCUCCUCAAAUUAUACUGUCUUUAUUCAGUUUUCCUCUGGAAAGUGUUAGCAGGACUUUUCUCUCUGGACUCCACCUGUGGCUUUGCAACUAUGGAUGGCAUCUAAUGUUCUGCAUGCGUAGAUGUGCUGGUGCAAUUGGACUUCCAUUUCCUCUCCUCCACAUUCACACCCCAAAAUCUGAUCCCGAUUGUAUUCCCCCCCCCAAAAAAAAUUGGAAUGGAAGCUCCAGUGGAGCUGCAGCAUUGGCUAUGGCCCUUUAUAUUUUGAAGUCAUAUCUUUGUAUGAUCCCCAGUGAUCAGCCUGUAUAUGUGACCCGCCAAGCUUGGCAAGGCUUUGUGUGUCUCCAGGAGGACCCGCUAACAAACAAUCAGGGUAGAUUUUAUCUAUUUACCUCCCAGCAUAUGGCAGAGCUUCUGAGAAAGUAAUGCAAUUUGUGUGUGUUUUAGGAGGUACAUCAAAUAAAAGCAUUUCCAAGUUGUUUGAAAGCUCUAGGCAACCAUUUUAAUAUUUUAAAUCUUAGACCAGUGUCAGGGGCCUGUUAGUAGGCCAGGGCCAAGGAACACAGACACCUGCUUACCCUUCCUCCUGUUUCUGGUCUUGCUUGUAAGCUGCCCAUAGGCAUCUGGCUGGUCAGUUUGAGAAUGAGUGUUGGACUUGAUGGGUCACUGGCCUCAUCCAAGGGGCUCUUAUGUUCUUCUCUUUGUCUUGAUAUCAUCAUCACCAUUAAUGGUCAUUUUCCCAUAAUCCUGAAUCCAUUCACUAAGAAGGCACACUAAGAUCUUCCUUAGAGAGGAAGUGGGAAGUGUCUUAAACGCCAGCUCUUUGGGUAAGUUUCUCGUCUAUAAAACGAGCUGCUUUCUAGUGGCAAGGCACUUCUGUGUACCACUGGCUGGUGCCAAGCAGGGUGAAUAACCCCCUGUGGGGAUUAAUUACCAUACCUCAUUUAACCAGCAAGAAUACUGAAAUGGUCUAUCCCAGAUCAAAAGUAGAGGCUUACAGAGGGCUGGAAAGAGCAGUAUGGUUAGGAAUCAAGUCUCUCACCGCCCUCACCCAGUUCUGAAGCUACGUCACAGUUUGAGAUAGAACUUUCAGCUCAACUCUAUUGAUCCUUACUAUUUUUUCUAUUUUCCUCAUUAGGAUUUGCAACGUGAGAAACUCGGAACAGUAUACGUCAGAACACGAGACCAGAAAGGUACCUACUUAUCUAACCAUUCUUAAUGUGUUGUAA